CCCUCCUUGCCCACCCUGGCGUUGAAGUCGCCAAGCACGAUUUUUAUGUCGUGGCUGUCGCUAAUAGCGAAUGAAAUACAACGCUCUGAUUCGACUAUGAGAGCCGCGAUUCCCGCAGCAGAAAAAUUGGCAUUGACGCUGCGAUUUCUCAGCACUGGAGAGUCUUACGUGAGUUUGGAUUACCAGACCCGUUUAUCCAAAUCUUCAAUUUCCAGUAUAGUUCCUGAGUUUCCAAACAGCAAUUCAGAAUGGGAGGCCAUUGCAAAAGAAUUUGCAGUUAAAUGGCAAUUCCCCAACUGCAUUGGCGCGUUAGAUGGGACUAGAAGUAUAAUUUUACUAGCCCUGGUGGAUGCUAAUUCCAAAUUUAUUUUCGUCGACGUUGGUUGUAACGGUCGCAGUAACGAUGCUGGAGUAUUUCUGCAAAGCAAAUUAAGGGAUGUUCUGCAAGAAGAGAAGGAAAUACCAAAAGCUUCUUCAAUAGGAAACGAUCGACGCCUACCGUACGUCGUAGUCGGAGACGAUGCAUUUCCUCUGCAGAUGCAUUUAAUGAAGCCAUAUCCCUACCACACGCAAUGCCAGGAAAAACAAGUUUUUAAUCAAAGACUCUCUCAUGCAAGGCAUGUGGUGGAACAUGCAUUUGGAAUUUUAUCCAAUAGAUUUCGCGUCCUUCUAGCUCCGAUAAAUCAGAAAGUGGCCACUGUAGAGAAAAUUGUAUUGACGUGUUGUGCUUUACACAAUUAUUUAAUCGAAAAUGGCAAAAUGUUCACUGAUGACAGAGUAAACGCAGAAACUGUAAAUAAUAACCACUCAACUGAUUCCGAUGUAUUCUACAAUCCGCGAAAAGGUGCAGCAGAGAACGUACGUGAACAGUUUCUCAAAUAUUUUAAUGAAGAAGGCAAACUGGAUUGGUUACAUAAUAAAUAA